GCAACUCCAAGCUGCUCUGACAUCACAACAGCGAUUCUUCACGCGGGCCUAGAGAAUGUUUUAAAACAACUGGAGUCCCUCUAUAAGGAGUGCCUCACAGAAAUGUGUGUAGAAAUGAACUUACCUGAAUCGGUAACUGAGAAAGUUGGAGGCAAGAUUGUCCCAUUUGGCUCCUAUCAUCUUGGAGUCCACUCAAAAGGUCCUGAUCUCGACGUCCUCUGUGUUGGAAGAAAACACUUCCAUUCCUUCACUGACAAGCUGAAAGCUCAGAAGGAAGUCAAAGACCUACGGGUCACUGAAAAGGCAUUCGUUCCAGUCAUCAAACUGUCCUAUGAUGGAAUUGAAAUUAACUUAGUCUUUGCCCUAUUGCCACGGAAAAGCAUUCCUGAAAAUAUAGACCGUCUUGAAAACAAAUGGUUGAGGAACAUGGAUGUGCACUGUGUCAGGUGUCUUGUAGGCUACAGAGUUACAGAGGAGAUCCUCAGGCUCGUGCCAAACGUUCGUACCUUCAGACUCGCUUUGAGAACCAUCGAGCUGUGGGCCAAACAGCGUAACAUUUACUCCAACAUGCUGGGCUUCUUGGGCGGUGUAUCAUGGUCCAUACUGGUAGCCGGAAUACGCCAGGUGUACCCCCACGCCACAGCGUCCACCCUUGUGACCAGAUUCUUCAAGGUCUACGCUAUGUGGUGAUGGCCAAUCCCAAUCACGUUGAAGAGAAUAGAGGACCGCUACUUUAAGCUUCCUGUUUGGGAUCCCAGGGUUAAUGUCAGUGACCGCUAUCACCUGAUGCCCAUCAUCACCCCAGCGUACCCGCAGCAGAACUCUGCAUUCAAUGUGUUUGUCUCCACCUUGGCCAUCCUGACAGAGGAGAUACAGCGGGGCCACGCCAUUACUCAAGAAAUACAGAAGAAGAAAGCAGACUGGUCCAAACUAUUUGACACGACAGACUAUUUCAAGAAGUACAAGGACUGCAAGACUUUGGCAUCCCGAAGAAAAAGGUGUACAGCUUCCUGAAAUUCAAAGCUGAAGUUGCGAGUUGCCUUUGCAACGUGAGGAAAGUCUUGAAGAAGAGGGCAGACCAUCACAGAAUGUUGAGACCUGGAUGAGAAGAAGGGCAGAGCCCCUGCCUCUGUGUCAGGUCAACCCUGACCUUUGGCCUCUGUGGGUGGGGAAAAAGGGCCGGUGCAAAUACCCUGUUCGUAAGGGUAUAGGGAAAGUGCAGUGUUCAAAGUGUGUCACUUAUCUAUACUUCACUGCUGAGAAGAACUGCUUCAUGAAUUUCCAUAAGCAGUGAGAUAGUGAGAUAUAAUAUGCUUAAACUCUCGACCCAUUCAUUCCAAUGGGUGGUUCCACAACGGUACAAUGCUGCCUGCAGGCAACAUUCAGACCUGUAAUCUUGUUCAAAUAUUAAAAAUAACUAUUUUCAUAUUUUAAGUGGCAUGCAGUUUUAACCUGUUGAGGCUAUUUAGUAUUUUCCAUGUGUUUUUAAAUAAAUAUUCAAAUUUGAAA